UCAAUUCAAUUACUCACCACUUCUGAAGAGAAACAUACGGAGCCGGAUGCUUCAGUAGAGUCACUCGCAUCUCUUAAAAGUUCAGCGCUUCCAUUCACCACGAUCGAACCAACAGAAGGUGGCCAAACAGAAGUAUCACUGCCAGUCUCGGCCGACUCGACAAACAGAGGAAUUCUCACGUCCGAUUUAAUUCAUACACUCAGUACUCCUGAAGAAAAACCUACGGAACCGGAUGCUUCAGUAGAGUCACUCGCAUCUCUUAAAAGUUCAGCGCUUCCAUUCAAUACGAUCGAACCACCGGAAGGUAGCCAAACAGAAGUAUCCCCACCAGUCAUAGUCGACUCGACAGAAAGAGGAACUCUCACGUCAGAUUUAGAUCAUAAACUCAGUACUCCUGAGGAAAAUCUCACGGAACUGGAGUCCUCAGUAGAGUCUUUCGCUUCUCUUAAAAGUUCAGUACUACCAUAUACUACGACUGAGCCACCAGAAGGUGGUCAACUAGAGGGACCACCAACAGUCUCAGCGGACUCGACAGAAAAAGGACUUCUUACGUCCGAUACAAUUCAAUUACUCACCACUUCUGAAGAGAAACAUACGGAGCCGGAUGCUUCAGUAGAGUCACUCGCAUCUCUUAAAAGUUCAGCGCUUCCACUCACCACGAUCGAACCACCAGAAAGUGGCCAAACAGAAGUAUCACCACCAGUCUUAGUCGACUCGACAGAAAGAGGAACUCUCACGUCCGAUUUAGCUCCUACACUCAGUACUCCUGAAGAAAAACCUACGGAACCGGAUGCUUCAGUAGAGUCACUCGCAUCUCUUAAAAGUUCAGCGCUUCCAUUCAAUACGAUCGAACCACCGGAAGGUAGCCAAACAGAAGUAUCACCACCAGUCAUAGUCGACUCGACAGAAAGAGGAACUCUCACGUCCGAUUUAGUUCAUAAACUCAGUACUCCUGAGGAAAAUCUCACGGAACUGGAGUCCUCAGUAGAGUCUUUCGCUUCUCUUAAAAGUUCAGUACUACCAUAUACUACGACUGAGCCACCAGAAGGUGGUCAACUAGAGGGACCACCAACAGUCUCAGCGGACUCGACAGAAAAAGGACUUCUUACGUCCGAUACAAUUCAAUUACCCACCACUUCUGAAGAGAAACAUACGGAGCCGGAUGCUUCAGUAGAGUCACUCGCAUCUCUUAAAAGUUCAGCGCUUCCAUUUACCACGAUCGAACCACCAGAAGGUGGCCAAACGGAAGUAUCACCACCAGUCUUAGUCGACUCGACAGAAAGAGGAACUCUCACGUCCGAUUUAGUUCAUAAACUCAGUACUCCUGUGGAAAAUCUCACGGAACUGGAGUCCUCAGUAGAGUCUUUCGCUUCUCUUAAAAGUUCAGUACUACCAUAUACUACGACUGAGCCACCAGAAGGUGGUCAACUAGAGGGACCACCAACAGUCUCAGAGGACUCGACAGAAGAAGGACUUCUUACGUCCGAUACAAUUCAAUUACUCACCACUUCUGAAGAGAAACAUACGGAGCCGGAUGCUUCAGUAGAGUCACUCGCAUCUCUUAAAAGUUCAGCGCUUCCAUUCACCACGAUCGAACCAACAGAAGGUGGCCAAACAGAAGUAUCACUGCCAGUCUCGGCCGACUCGACAAACAGAGGAAUUCUCACGUCCGAUUUAAUUCAUACACUCAGUACUCCUGAAGAAAAACCUACGGAACCGGAUGCUUCAGUAGAGUCACUCGCAUCUCUUAAAAGUUCAGCGCUUCCAUUCAAUACGAUCGAACCACCGGAAGGUAGCCAAACAGAAGUAUCACCACCAGUCAUAGUCGACUCGACAGAAAGAGGAACUCUCACGUCCGAUUUAGUUCAUAAACUCAGUACUCCUGAGGAAAAUCUCACGGAACUGGAGUCCUCAGUAGAGUCUUUCGCUUCUCUUAAAAGUUCAGUACUACCAUAUACUACGACUGAGCCACCAGAAGGUGGUCAACUAGAGGGACCACCAACAGUCUCAGCGGACUCGACAGAAAAAGGACUUCUUACGUCCGAUACAAUUCAAUUACCCACCACUUCUGAAGAGAAACAUACGGAGCCGGAUGCUUCAGUAGAGUCACUCGCAUCUCUUAAAAGUUCAGCGCUUCCAUUUACCACGAUCGAACCACCAGAAGGUGGCCAAUCAGAAGUAUCACCACCAGUCUUAGUCGACUCGACAGAAAGAGGAAUUCUUACAUCGGAUUUAAUUGAUACACUCAGUACUCCUGAAGAAAAACGUACGGAGCCGGAUGCUUCAGUGGAGUCACUCGCAUCUCUUAAAAGUUCAGCGCUUUCAUUCACCACGAUCGAACCACCAGAAAGUGGCCAGACAGAAGUAUCACCACCAGUCUCAGUGGACUCGACAGAAAGAGGAAUUCUCACGUCCGAUUUAAUUCAUACACUAAGUACUCCUGAAGAAAAACGUACGGAACCGGAUAUUUCAGUAGAGUCACUCGCAUCUCUUAAAAGCUCAGUGCUUCCAUUCACCACGAUCGAACCACCAGAAGGUGGCCAAACAGAAAUAACACCACCAGUCUCAGUGGACUCGACAGAAAGAGGAAUUCUCACGUCCGAUUUAAUUCAUACACUCAGUACUCCUGAAGAAAAACGUACGGAACCGGAUGUCUCAGUAGAGUCACUCGCAUCUCUUAAAAGCUCAGUGCUUCCAUUCACCACGAUCGAACCACCAGAAGGUGGCCAAACAGAAGUAACACCACCAGUCUCAGUGGACUCGACAGAAAGAGGAAUUCUCACGUCCGAUUUAAUUCAUACACUAAGUACUCCUGAAGAAAAACGUACGGAACCGGAUAUUUCAGUAGAGUCACUCGCAUCUCUUAAAAGCUCAGUGCUUCCAUUCACCACGAUCGAACCACCAGAAGGUGGCCAAACAGAAAUAACACCACCAGUCUCAGUGGACUCGACAGAAAGAGGAAUUCUCACGUCCGAUUUAAUUCAUACACUAAGUACUCCUGAAGAAAAACGUACGGAACCGGAUAUUUCAGUAGAGUCACUCGCAUCUCUUAAAAGUUCAGCGCUUCCAUUUACCACGAUCGAACCACCAGAAGGUGGCCAAUCAGAAAUAUCACCACCAGUCUUAGUCGACUCGACAGAAAGAGGAAUUCUUACAUCCGAUUUAAUUGAUACACGCAGUACUCCUGAAGAAAAACGUACGGAACCGGAUGCUUCAGUAGAGUCACUCGCAUCUCUGAAAAGUUCAGCGCUUCCAUUCACCACGAUCGAACCACCAGAAAGUGGACAAACAGAAAUAUCACCACCAGUCUCAGUGGACUCGACAGAAAGAGGAAUUCUCACGUCCGAUUUAAUUCAUACACUCAGUACUCCUGAAGAAAUACGUACGGAACCGGAUGUCUCAGUAGAGUCCCUCGCAUCUCUUAAAAGUUCAGCGCUUCCAUUUACCACGAUCGAACCACCAGAAGGUGGCCAAUCAGAAGUAUCACCACCAGUCUUAGUCGACUCGACAGAAAGAGGAAUUCUUACAUCCGAUUUAAUUGAUACACGCAGUACUCCUGAAGAAAAACGUACGGAACCGGAUGCUUCAGUAAAGUCACUCGCAUCUCUUAAAAGUUCAGCGCUUCCAUUCACCACGACCGAACCACCAGAAGGUGGCCAAACAGAAGUAUCACCACCAGUCUCAGUCGACUCGACAGAAAGAGGAUUUCUUACAUCCGAUUUAAUUGAUAUACUCAGUACUCCUGAAGAAAAACGUACCGAACCGGAUGCUUCAGUAGAGUCACUCGAAUCUCUUAAAAGUUCAGCGCUUCCAUUCACCACGAUCGAACCACCAGGAGGUGGCCAAACAGAAGUAUCACCCCAAAUUUCAAUUUACUCUACAGAAAGAGGAGUUUCUACUUCGGAUAUAAUUCAUUUACCCACUACUUCUGAAGAAAAACAUUCGGAGCCGGAUCCUUCAUUAGAUUCAUUCGCAUCUCCUGAAAGUUCAGUUCUUCCAUUCACUUCGAUCGAACCACCAGAGGAGGGCCAAACAGAGAUAUCACAUCUUGUUUCAGUGGACUCGACAGAAGUAGGAAUUCAUAUGUCUGAUUUAAUUAGUUUACUCAGUACUUCUGAAGAGGAAAGUACGGAACCGGAUUAUUCAGUAGAUUCAUUCGCAUCUCCUGAAAGUUCAGUUCUUCCAUUCACUUCGAUCGAACCACCAGAAGAGGGCCAAACAGAGAUAUCACAUCUUGUGUCAGUGGACUCGACAGAAGUAGGAAUUCAUACGUCUGAUUUAAUUAGUUUACUCAGUACUUCUGAAGAGGAAAGUACGGAACCGGAUUAUUCAGUAGAUUCAUUCGCAUCUCCUGAAAGUUCAGUUCUUCCAUUCACUUCGAUCGAACCACCAGAAGAGGGCCAAACAGGGAUAUCACAUCUCGUUUCAGUGGACUCGACAGAAGUAGGAAUUCUUACGUCUGCUUUAAUUAGUUUACUCAGUACUUCUGAAGAGAAAAGUACGGAACCCGAUCCUUCAGUAUAUUCAUUCGCAUCUCCUGAAAGUUCAGUUCUUCCAUUCACUUCGAUCGAACCACCAGAAGAGGGCCAAACAGGGGUAUCACAUCUUGUUUCAGUGGACUCGAAAGAAGUAGGAAUUCAUACGUCUGAUUUAAUUAGUUUACUCAGUACUUCUGAAGAGAAAAGUACGGAACCCGAUCCUUCAGCAUAUACAUUCGCAUCUCCUGAAAGUUCAGUUCUUCCAUUCACUUCGAUCGAACCACCAGAAGAGGGCCAAACAGGGAUAUCACAUCUUGUUUCAGUGGACUCGACAGAAGUAGGAAUUCAUACGUCUGAUUUAAUUAGUUUACUCAGUACUUCUGAAGAGAAAAGUACGGAACCCGAUCCUUCAGUAGAUUCAUUCGCAUCUCCUGAAAGUUCAGUUCUUCCAUUCACUUCGAUCGAACCACCAGAAGUUGGCCAAACAGGGAUAUCACAGCUUGUUUCAUUGGACCCGACAGAAGUAGGAAUUCAUACGUCUGAUUUAAUUAGUUUACUCAGUACUUCUGAAGGGAAAAGUACGGAACCCGAUCCUUCAGCAUAUACAUUCGCGUCUCCUGAAAGUUCAGUUCUUCCAUUCACUUCGAUCGAACCACCAGAAGAGGGCCAAAAAGGGGUAUCACAGCUUGUUUCAGUGGACUCGACAGAAGUAGGAAUUCAUACGUCUGAUUUAAUUAGUUUACUCAGUACUUCUGAAGAGAAAAGUACGGAACCCGAUCCUUCAGUAGAUUCAUUCGCAUCUCCUGAAAGUUCAGUUCUUCCAUUCACUUCGAUCGAACCACCAGAAGUUGGCCAAACAGGGAUAUCACAGCUUGUUUCAUUGGACCCGACAGAAGUAGGAAUUCAUACGUCUGAUUUAAUUAGUUUACUCAGUACUUCUGAAGGGAAAAGUACGGAACCCGAUCCUUCAGCAUAUACAUUCGCGUCUCCUGAAAGUUCAGUUCUUCCAUUCACUUCGAUCGAACCACCAGAAGAGGGCCAAAAAGGGGUAUCACAGCUUGUUUCAGUGGACUCGACAGAAGUAGGAAUUCAUACGUCUGAUUUAAUUAGUUUACUCAGUACUUUUGAAGAGAAAAGUACGGAACCCGAUCCUUCAGCAUAUACAUUCGCAUCUCCUGAAAGUUCAGUUCUUCCAUUCACUUCGAUCGAACCACCAGAAGUUGGCCAAACAGGGAUAUCACAGCUUGUUUCAGUGGACUCGACAGAAGUAGGAAUUCAUACGUCUGAUUUAAUUAGUUUACUCAGUACUUCUGAAGGGAAAAGUACGGAACCCGAGCCUUCAGCAUAUACAUUCGCAUCUCCUGAAAGUUCAGUUCUUCCAUUCACUUCGAUCGAAACACCAGAAGAUGGCCAAACAGGGAUAUCACAUCUUGUUUCAGUGGACUCGACAGAAGUAGUAAUUUAUACGUCUGAUUUAAUUAGUUUACUCAGUACUUCUGAAGGGAAAAGUACGGAACCCGAGCCUUCAGCAUAUACAUUCGCAUCUCCUGAAAGUUCAGUUCUUCCAUUCACUUCGAUCGAAACACCAGAAGAGGGCCAAACAGGGGUAUCACAGCUUGUUUCAGUGGACUCGACAGAAGUAGGAAUUCAUACGUCUGAUUUAAUUAGUUUACUCAGUACUUCUGAAGGGAAAAGUACGGAACCCGAGCCUUCAGCAUAUACAUUCGCAUCUCCUGAAAGUUCAGUUCUUCCAUUCACUUCGAUCGAAACACCAGAAGAUGGCCAAACAGGGAUAUCACAUCUUGUUUCAGUGGACUCGACAGAAGUAGUAAUUUAUACGUCUGAUUUAAUUAGUUUACUCAGUACUUCUGAAGAGAAAAGUACGGAAGCCGAUCCUUCAGUAGAUUCAUUUGCAUCUCCAGAAAGUUCAGUUCUUCCAUUCACUUCGAUCGAACCACCAGAAGAUGGCCAAAUUGGCACCUCCGAUUUAAGCGAUAUACUCAGUACUGCGAAAGAGAGAACUUUGGAACCGGAUCCUUCUGGCCAACCUGGGGGAUCACUACCAGUGAGUGGUCAGACCGGGCGGCCCGAUAUGAAAACUGAUGAAGUAUCGCCGGAAUUGGCAAGUACCAUCCCAACCCAGAAAACUUAUGGAACAAAAAGCAGAUAUAGAGUUAGACCACCACUCAGGAUAUGUUAUGAUGUGAAAUAUAAACAUAAACCGCAAUGUCAAAAAAAAAACAGAAGGUUCAUGGUUCACAAACGUUGCAGUAUCUUGUAAAAUUGUAUGUUGUUUUUUAGUUGCGGCUGACUUUAUAGUCUGACUUGAUUCGCAAUUUAAAUUAGUUAUAUUUUUGUUAAAAUUAAAUGAUAAGUUUAAGGCAAGUCAUUAACUCCAUUAUCAAAAUACAUUUUUGUCGCACAAAUAUGUUGGCUGUUUGUCUAUGAAAUACACAAAAGUGAUUUCCACUGGUCCAUUUUAAUUGUUUUUAUGUUUUCAUAAUUUUUACAAAUCCUUUUUGUCGUCGAAAUUAGCUUGGUUUUUCUCAGCGCGUGCAAGAAAUUUAUAAUGUUGCGUUUGCGACAAUUAAGAAUAGUAAAUGCUAC